GUAUGGAGUGAUAUACAUAUAUAUAGAUAGAUUUAUAUUUAUUUUCCCAUACUUAUUUAAGUAACAAAAGUAUUUUUUUCAAAAUGAUCCGGCUAUUAACUGUUAUCAUAUAUAUGUUUGCGAUCAGUUCAAAUGCAAAUCCACAUGGUUAUUUAAAAAGUGAAGUACCUGAAGCAUUAUUAGAUUCAAAUUCAUUUAUUGAUAAUAGUCCAUAUUAUUAUCAAAGAUCACAUAUUCCUAAAUGGUGGAAAACAAUGAAUGAAAAACGUUGGUUUCCUAUAAAAGAAUUUCGUGGUGGAUUGAUGGAAGUAUAAUUUAUUCAAAUCUAUUUAAUAAAUGUUCAUUCCUAUAAGUUAAAUAUUAAAAAAAUUCAAUAAAAUUAUUCUCGCAAAUU